AUGAGACGAUCAAGAGGUGAAUCUGUAGAACAUGAUUUAAAGUUUUUGCUUAACGCUGGUGAGAAUUCAAAUAAAUGUGGUGAAUGUGGGACACCAUUCCCUACCUACUGUUCAGUGAACUUGGGUGUAUUCUUGUGCGGUCGGUGUGCUUCCGUACAUAGGAAAGUGUUAGGCAGCAGAGAAGAUGGUGCUACUAGUAUCGUGAAAUCUUUAUCUCUUGAUAGAUGGUCUAAGCGUGACGUUCAAACUGUUGCCGAUCUUGGAGGAAACAAACAUAACAGCAGUUUUUGGAACCCUAAGAAAGAACCUUUCCCAUUUGACGGUGACGAGGAUCGUACUGCCGUUGAAAUGUUUAUCAGGGAUAAAUAUUUAAAGGGUAAGUUCAGACAUACCGCUGUCAAGGUGGAAGAUUUCAAUCUAGAGGAUGAUUCGUCACAAUUGGACUACAAGUCAUCCCGCCCAUCAUCUGCGUCCGGGUCCAGAAGAAACCGUUCUGCCUCAUCUGCCAGCAGUAGACCAAGAUCAAGAGAAGGAGACAGACCUCCGCUUCCAAAAAGGCCGGACAACAAAGUGCAAGAAGCCGUUUUCGAUGGAACAAGUGAACCAAGCCUACCUAGUACAGCAUCGGCAGAACCUCGCCCAGCAGUAUUCGAUGGGGUACAACAAUACUAUGAUCCAACUACCGGCCAAAUUUAUGUAGAUCAAAACUCCUAUGCGGCAAUGCAGCAGGCCCAGGUACAAGCAUUGGCACAACAAGUUCAACCUCAGUUUACACAACAGGUUCAACCUCAGUUUACACAACAAGUGCAACCCCAAUUCACACAGCAAUUACAACCUCAGUUCACCCAACAGGUACAGCCUCAAUUCACUGCUCAACCAUCGAUAGAUAAGAACACACUAUUAUCACUGUAUCAAAGACCAGAUUUAUAUUCUAGUGCCGUAGAAAUCAAACCGGAUAAUCCACAAUACCAACAGAUCCUGAAUCUCCAAAAACAACAGCAGGACCAACAACAGCAGCAACAGCAACUGCUACAACAACAGCAGCUACAACAGCAGCAACAGCAACAGCUCCUGCAGCAACAACAGUUACAACAAAUGCAAUACCAACAACCACAACAGUACCAACAACAAUUCUACCCCCCAUUCCAAUAG